UAUCGGUGAUGUCCUUCCAGUGAAGCCAACAGUCUCCCACGGCGGCCCAGGCACUGGUGUGAAUUGAAUGGAUAGAUUAGGACAGUCUUAAUUGUUCCGACUCCUCGGUCCUUUUGCCUCUCUCUCUCUCUCUCCGUCUCUCUCUCUAAUUUGGCUACAAUGCAAGCAGUCUGUUCAAUCUUGUCCACCCGUGCGCCACCACAAUCCCCGCUUUGCCUCUCACAUUUUCCCUUGAAAAUCCAUCAGAAUCACUUGGUUUUCCCCAGCAGCUUCACCACGGCCAUGCCCUCUUUGCUAUCAGGACCAGCUUCACCGCCACAACCUAGAAAGUUUCUCUGCCAACCCCCAUCAGCCAACUAUGUCAGGCAAGACUAUCUUGUGAAGAAGUUAUCUUCCAAGGAGGUUCAAGAGCUGGUGAAGGGAGAGAGAAAUGUACCACUUAUUAUCGAUUUCUAUGCGACAUGGUGUGGCCCUUGUAUUUUGAUGGCUCAAGAACUUGAAAUGCUUGCUGUAGAGUACGAGAGCAAUGCAAUAAUUGUGAAGGUUGACACGGAUGAUGAAUAUGAAUUUGCACGUGAUAUGCAGGUCCGGGGGUUGCCAACGUUGUAUUUCAUCAGUCCAGAUCCAAAUAAAGAUGCAAUCCGAACCGAAGGACUCAUCCCAAUACAGAUGAUGCGGGAUAUAAUUGAUAAUCAGAUGUGACAAGUUCACCACUUUGCUGGAUGGAUUUGAUUAAUGGCCAUGUUGAAGCAAUUGAGGUUUGUUGUAGGAGGAGGAUAUGCAAUUUAGGAACACACUUUUUUGCUGAACUGUUCUAUUCUGUUAAGUAGUAGUCAAAUUUUGUAUUUCCAUAUAAUUAUGUGAAUAGUUGGGAUGUUUUAUGCAAGGUGAAGGAGUUGAGGAUGCACUGCUUAGAAGCUA